CACGUAGGCAUGACAACCACACGAGAAAGAAAGCAGCCAUGACAUGACUACAGCAGGCAGCCAACCACACCACUCCUCCAUUCUCUCAAUUACUUUACGAUGCCUCCACCCUCAAGGGCCCCCCUCCCCAAGGCCGCCCAGCCCAAACAUGGCCGCAACUUCGACCCCUGGAACGCAGUCUCGCUCGGCCACCAGCGCGCCGAGACAAAAGGCCCCCAGGGCUGGCGCGAGAACCGUACUUGGAAGCUGCACAGCCAGCUGGCCGCGGGCAACACGGGCGGCACGCGGCUCUCGGAUGCCGUCGGCCAUGGCUCCGAGGACUUUGAUGAGGAGAGGAACAUGCUUGUCCCCAAGGAGGUGAAGACGCGGGCGGCGAAGAGUGUCAUGGAUAUGCUACAGAGGCCGGGGACUAUGAAGCCGAGGAAUGACAGGAGCAUGUCACCUGGUGGGAAGAGACAUGAGGAAGAGCAGCACAGCAGCAGCAGCAGCAGCAAGAUAUUUAGUGGGCUGGUCAUCUACGUCAACGGUUCCACACACCCGCUCAUCAGCGACCACAAGCUGAAGCACAUCCUCGUCGAGCACGGCGCCCGCAUGUCCAUCCACCUCGGGAGGCGGCAGGUCACACACGUCAUCCUGGGGAGGCCAUCGGGACCGAACAGCGUCGGUGUUGGCGCUGGAGGAGGACUCGCGGGCGGGAAACUCGAGAAGGAGGUCCGUCGGGUGGGUGGCCGUGGUAUUAAGUUCGUCGGCGUCGAGUGGGUUCUCGAGAGUCUCAAGGCGGGCCGUCGCCUGCCUGAAGCAAGAUUCGCUACUCUCAAGGUCGCCUCCAAAGGGCAGGCGAGUGUUCUUGGCGCGUUCGCAAAGAAGCCAGCCUCGUGA